AUGAGCGAUUUUUAUGCGAAACAAACAGCGAUUCGGUACAAAGUUGUAACAACACGUCAGCAGUAUGCCAGUUUGUUGGAGCUAAUAAAGGAGAAGCCAGAAAUUGCUCAGGAGUUCUCCAAAUGCUCGAAGGAAGAGGUAGCCGAGUUUUGGCAAAAUGUUGCGCAGCAGCUUAACAGUAUAGGCCCACUAACCAAAGAUGUAUCAAGCUGGAAAAAGGUGUGGUUAGAUUGGAAGGCUUAUAUAAAGCGAAAAUUGUCCGAAAACAAGAGGGAGCAAACAACAACUGGCGGUGGCCGAUAUAAGCAGCACCACUUUAAUAAGAUGGAAGAAGAAGUCAUCAGACUGACCGCUUUAGAGAUCAGCACGCACGAUAUCACAGGCACAGUAAGUGUUGGAACCGAUCCGGACGUAUCCAUGCUGUCGGAUAACUGCAGUCCUUCUUUCACGAGACGUGCACCAACUGUCCAAAAGCGAGUGGGUACAAGUACUGCAGAUAUUAUAAAAGAGCAGCUAGCGCUUCAAAAGGACUUCCAAGCAAAGUCUGCAGCAUUUUGAAAAAUGUGCGACCUGAAAGCAGCCGACCUGGAAGAAACGCGUAGGCACCAUAGAAACAUGGAGUGCUUGAAUGCAGCCAAAAAUCAAAUAAAACAACAAAUGUUAGAAGUAGAAAAUAAGAGCCUCGAAGCGUAUGGCUAG